AAAUGUUUUUAGUCGCAGAGACGAUUGUGAAACACAACUUGGUUAUAUGAUGCCCUUUACUACAUAAGCGUGAGCUUUGACAUUACUGUUGGAGCAAACGGAUUGUUUGAUCGCAUUUAGUGUCAAGAUGAAGAUAGCCGUGCUUGGAGCCACUGGACAGACGGGACAGUAUCUGAUAAACCAAGCUCUUCAGCAGGGACACACUGUCACUGCCAUUGUCAGGAAUCCAGGGAAAUUGACAGUGCAACACGAGAAAUUAAAGGUGGUUGAGGGCAAUAUUUUCUCAGAAGACAGCCUAAAACUUCACUUCCAAGGACAAGAUGCAGUUGUAUCCUGCCUGGGGUUCCCUGCAUCCUUUCUCUCCGGAGUCACUGGAUACACCUUGUCUAUGAGGGCCGCGGUAAACGCCAUGAGAGAGGCCAAAGUGAACCGCAUAAUCACCAUGACUUCAUGGUACACUGACCCUAACUCUGGCACACAGUCAUCUUACCUCAUCCGCUUCCUGCUGCUGCCAAUGAUCCGAAGUGUCCUUAGCAAUAUGUUUGAGAUGGAGCACUUUCUGAAGAAGACACCGGAUAUUAACUGGACUGUUGUCAGGCCGCCGGGUCUCAAGAAUUUACCUGCCACAGCUAAAGAGUUCCUUACCCACGAGGGCUACUUUGUUCCUGACUCCAAUGGCCAGCCUGUAGGAAGUGCUGUAGGAAGGGGUGAUGUGGCUCGUUUCAUGCUCUUCCUCCUCAACACCAAUGCCUGGUUCAACAAGGCGGUUGCCAUCACAACCAAACAUGAAUGAAACACUAUCAACGUUCUGUUUGCUUCAGCCUUUAAUUGUAAUAUUGUUUACCAUCUUGUGCUAUUUUAAUUAUUGUGAAAAUUAAAUUACAUUUAUUUUUGCUGGUUUCGACAAAAUGUAUCAAUGUUUUUAUUCCAUUUGUGAUGUGGAGUUUUUUACCCUAAAAAGACAUAAGCUAUAUUUUUGUGACUUGGCAUGAAGCAAACAUUUAAAAUGGUAGAAUGAGUCAUUGAAGGUCUAGGGACUCUUUGAAAAAGAAAUUACAUAAUUUUUCAUGUAUUAUGCAAAAUUAUGUUUAUGGUAAAUCUGCACUAUGAAGGUAUUGUCAUAAAUGAUUGUUACCACAUAGGGGCAUUACAGUAUCAUAAACUGUCAUCAUUACUGUGAGGGACUCACUUCAUAUGGUGUAAAAUAGCAUAUUUUCCAUUUUGUGGUUGUUAUUCAUUAAUACUUGUCAGAUAUUAUUGAUUAAUUGAAUACUGUAAUACGUUAACACAUUUUGAACAUAAUAAUUAACAAAUGUUUGCCCAAGUAGGUCAGCAUUCUGCGUGUAGGUGUGUAAUUGACCAAAGGUUCCUGGUGCAGGUGUGAAUGUCGGUCAGUAAGGAGCUCACUGUUCUGUCGAAGGAUCAUUUGAUUGACCCAUUACAUAAAAUCUUAACUUUUUUGGGAGAUUUGGCUUAUAUUCAACCUCAGAGAAAUGUCAGUUGCCUAUCAUGCUGUAAGCCCCUAUGGGAUUUAACUUUGUGCAAUCAGUAUGCAGCCAUCAGCAACCUUUCCCCACUAAUAAAUUGUGAAAUUACUUUGA